CAAGAACGUAGAUGGGUCUGUCGACGUAGUGGAUUUUGCCGGUGGCGCUUCUGAAGUGGCGACUCGAGUCCCCGUGCGCGGCGGCUCGAUGGUGUCGGACAGGGAGCGGGCUGCCCGCCACCCCCUGCUCCUGUGGCUCGGCUGCAUCCUGACGAUCCUGGGGGUCGGAGUGGCCGUUGACCCCAGGACACUGCGAGACCCGCCGACAGCGCCGGAGCUGAUCGCCGCUGCCGGCUACCCGGUGCAGGUGCACACUGUGCAGACGGCCGACGGAUACCUGCUGGAGGUGCAUCGCAUCCCACCGCCGGCGGACGCGCGCGGCGGCCCGCCCGUGCUGCUACUGCACGGACUGCGCGCCAGCUCAGCCGGCUGGAUCAUCAACCCGCGCCGACCGCUGCCAUUUAUGCUAUCGGAUGCCGGCUAUGACGUAUGGCUGGGAAACAAUAGGGGAAAUUUAUACUCGCAGAGACACGUCAACCUGGAAACUGAUACUAGGGAAUACUGGAACUUCACAGCCGAUUCAUAUGCCAAAUAUGACAAUCCAGCUUUCAUCGAUUACAUCCUGCAAAACACCGGAGAAAAUGAGCUGUUCUACGUUGGUUACUCGAUAAGCACAUGGUCUUUUUGGGCUAUGAUGAAUUAUUACCCGUCCUACAACACCAAGGUACGGCUGAUGGUCGCCAUGGCUCCUAUCUCCACAAGAAUGUACUACCGGAGUUUCGCGAAGAAAAUGGUGCCUAUUAGAGUACCGCUCCACAGGCUGGCCGAAUUCUUCGGCAUGUACGAGACGAUGCCUUACGAUCCCAAAAACGGGCGGAUCGGGAAGAUAUUCUGCAACAAAUACGCGCCGACCAAGCCUAUUUGCGCUAUACUGUUCUUCAUGUACGCCGGCUGGGACCCGAAACAGCUGGAUAAGUACUCUCUACCCGUGAUCCUGACACACGUGCCGGCCGGCUGUGGCAACAUGGUAAUCCAGCAGCUGGACCAGGCCAUCAAGUCAGGGAAUUUUCAGCGUUUCGACUAUGGCCCUAGGAGAAACCAACAAGCAUAUGGGCAACCCCAUCCAACGCUCUACUACCCAGAAAAUGUCACCGCACCCGUGGUUUUGCUCUUUGGCAAAAACGACAAGGUCGCCGACCGGCGGGACGUGGCCUCGCUGGCCAGCCGGCUGCCGAACCUGGUGGCCAGCCAGCAGGUGGCCUGGCCGCUGUGGCAGCACCUGGACUUCCUCUGGGGUAUCGACGCCGACCGGUUGGUGUACAGACAUGUGCUCCAGUACCUGGCCGACUGGGCGCCCGGCGGGAGAGCCGCGCGCUCAGUCACCGCGCCCGCCGCCGGCGCACCACGGCAUCCAUCACCGACUGACACCAGCAGCGGGCGGGCUGAUCCCGAACAGGUGUAGUGGAGCGGAGUCAGCCUCAGGAGCGCCAGCCCGUGACAGCGACUUGACGGUCAGCGUAACUGCAUUCAGUCAAUAUACACAGCCACAGGCCUUGCCGGCCGAUUGACUAGCAAUGAAUGCGUCUUGUUUAAGUGCAGCAAUAGCCACAACGACGGUGGCUCAAGGAAAAUAAAGACAUGGUGCAAUGUCGUGGAAUAAACUUGCAUCAAAGUAG